AUGACCUCGGCCUCUCAGCACAGACUCGGAGAACUCCUUGGAGCAGCAAAACGAGUUAACGUCAACAUCCAGGAUGCAGACGGGUUGUCACCUAUGCAUCAUGCUGCCUUGAGUGGUAACAAGGAGCUGAUCUCUCUGCUGCUGGAGGCCCAGGCAGCGGUGGAUAUCAAAGACAAUAAAGGAAUGCGUCCCCUGCAUUAUGCUGCAUGGCAGGGGAAGACUGAACCAAUGAAAAUGCUGCUGAAAGCAGGCUCGUCAGUCAACGGACAGUCAGAUGAAGGCCAGAUCCCUCUGCAUCUGUCAGCGCAGCAUGGACACUACGAUGGGUCUGAAAUGUUACUGCAACACCAGUCCAACCCAUGUAUCUCAGACUCAGCUGGAAAAACUCCACUGGACCUUGCUUGUGAAUUUGGACGUGUUGGAGUGGUCCAGCUCCUGCUCAGCAGUAACAUGUGUGCAGCCAUGCUGGAACCCAAACCCUCGGACCCAAACGGAGUGUCACCUCUGCACCUCGCGGCUAAGAACGGACACAUAGAAGUCAUACGGCUGCUGAUUCAGGCUGGCAUAGAUAUCAACAGACAGUCUGAGUGUGGCACAGCUCUGCAUCAGGCUGCCCUCUGUGGGAAGACGGAGGUCGUGCGUCUGCUGCUGGACAGUGGCAUCAGUGCUGGAGUAAGAAACACUCUUAGUCAAACCGCCCUGGACAUUGUUAACCAGUUUACCACCACACAGGCCAGCAGAGAGAUCAAGCAGUUACUGAGAGACGCUUCGGCUGCGAUGCAAGUGCGAGCGCUGAAGGAUUACUGCAACAACUACGACCUUACCAGCCUGAACAUUAAAGCAGGAGACAUUAUCACAGUUUUGGAGCAGCACUCUGAUGGCCGAUGGAAAGGCUGUAUUCAUGAUAACCGUACGGGAAAUGAUCGAGUGGGCUACUUUCCCUCCAACAUUGUUGAAGUCAUCAAGAGGGCAGGUCACUCCCCAUCCCAGCAGUGCCACACCCUCCUCCUCCGCAGGCCCAGUCCCUGCCCCAUUGACUCGAUCAACGGACACUCAUACCCCCCCUCCAAAGUCCUCCCCCUGCAUCUGCAUCUGCCUACCCCUCCUCCCCUUCAUGCCAACACACAAUCCCUCCCUCGCUUCUCCUCAUUUGGGUAUGUUCCUCUUUCCAUUUCUCCUCCUUCUCUGUCUACUCCUCCUCUGUCCACUUCUCCUCCUCUCUUCACUUCUCAGGAGCAGCAGAGUCAGACAGGUUCUCGCACUGCAGAGCUGAGUCCUCAAGGCUCCCCCACUUUAGCACAUCAGAGCAGCACCAGUGAGGACAUUUGGGUGUUGCGUAAACCGAUGGCAGGUGGGGAGCGCAGCGGCAGCGUGGGCAGCCUCGGCAGCAUUCGGUCUUCAAGCAGCCUGCAGAGCUCUGGAAACACACAUGUCCUGACCACACCGGCGCCCAGUCCUCACCCUGCACCCACACCAGGAGUCAACACUCACGGCCUUAAUGCUCCAGGUUUGCAUGCACAGGCAGAAGGGGUCAAGCUCCUGGCCACUGUGCUCUCUCAGUCAGUAAAAGCCAAGGAACAUCUCUUGGAGCAGUCACAGUCCGUUGAGCAGUCAGCAAGCUCCUCUAGCUGCACGGUUCAUGAGCAGCGGUCUUUUGAGCGAAAGGCAGAAGAAGAUGAUGGGAAAAAGCAGGCAGUGGUGACGUGGCUGGGUGAGUUUCAGCUGCAGUUCUACACCACCCACUUCCUCACGGCUGGAUAUGAUCUAGACACCAUUGGCUGCAUGACCCCUGAGGACCUGACAGCAAUUAAUGUGAUGAAGCCUGGACAUCGAAAGAAGCUGCUGUCAGAAAUCAGCAAGCUGUACUCCACAGACUGGCUGCUGGACCACAAACCUGCCAACUUGGCAGACUGGCUGUCUCACCUGGGUCUCAGUCAGUAUUACCAAGUCCUUGUGCAGAAUGGCUACGAAAACAUUGACUUUGUCUCUGACAUCAGCCUUGAAGAUCUGCAAGAGAUCGGCAUCUCAAAGCUCGGACAUCAGAAGAAGUUGAUGUUGGGAGUGAAGAAACUGAAGGAGCUACAGAGAGGGGAGAGUGGGUCUGAGCCUCCUCAGAGUUCCUCGUCGUCUCCACCCAGCCCAUGUGGCAGCACUUCUUCAGAGCCACGCAGAGAGGCAAGGAGGCAGAGAGAUGGUGCCCCCAGCCCUCUGGCCAAGCCUCGGCCAGGUGUCACACCUUCACAGACCCCUCCCCUCACACCCACCCAGACACCUCCACAGACCCCUCCACACGCCCGCACCCAGCAGGCCUCCCCCCGGGCCCGGCCUCGUCCGUCCACCCAGUUGGCCACAUUGGAUUCAUCAGUACCUCUCCUGCGGCUACCCUGUGAGGAAGAGGAGCGACGGAGGACGCACAGUCUCAUCGGCUCAGAUUCAGACUCUAAAUAUGCAACUGUGUGCCGCAGCAGCUCCACGCACACCGCCUCCUCUAAUGAUGUCACUGUUCACCACAGCCAAUCAUCAGUCACUCUCCGUCCCCGACGGAAAGGUCGGCCCCCGACGCCACCAAAACGGUCCUGCUCUUCCAUUACUGGAGGUGACGGGGAGGGGGAGGGGCUUCUGGGUUUGCCAACCUAUCGAGAGCGGCGAGCCAGCGACUGCGGCACCCUGGGAGCAGCUUUAAGGGCUUUGGACUCUGCAGGCCUCGAGAGAUCCGAAGGUGCUUCUGGGAGCGUUCGCAGCCUUGCGGCCAUGCUGGAAACAUCCAUGGUGCAAAAGAACCUGGGAAGUGGCACCAGCUAUCUACAGGUGAGUCCACCGCUUCUCCGUCGCCAGGCUGGGGCAGGAGGCCUAGGAUCUGAGGAGGAGGAUGUGAUGAGUCGGCGCAGGACCAUUGGUGGACUUGAAAGCCUCCCUGGUAGCCAUACCGAGCAGUUACCUCGGCAACCAGUGCAGCAACGUCCAGAACCACGACCUCGAUCUAACGUGGUCUCCUCAGCAUCCGAUAUCACAGACGGCACAGCAACACUCAGAAGGAAGCCACGACCUCUUGCCAUGGACUCCGAAGCACCUGAGUCUAUAGCUACAACUGUUGUUACCAUGACAACUGGCUCGGACACCAUACGCAGAAGGCCGCGCACAUCUGAGCAAACAGAAUGCGUUGUUCAAAGCAAUAAUCAAUCAGAUUCUCCAGACAGCAGCCGAAUAAGUAAACAUGAGCCACAGCCGAAUGGUGGCCUGGUGCUUAGGCGACGGCCGGUGUCCGAAGCUUCAGAAAGGACUGAGACCGCCAAAGAGAGCUGUGAGUGGAUGGAGGCCAGGAAGUCUCUGAAGCCACCUGUCUCACCCAAACCAUCCUCCGUGGUCAUGAGGAAAACACAGGCUGACCCUCCAACUCCAACUCGCAGGGUCCCCAUACCUGGCCCUGAUAGUACUGAGCUGGCGCAGAGUCCUGAGUCAAAACGUGUUCCUCCUCCCGUAUCUCCAAAACCCCGUGGGCCUCCAACAGCUCCUAAACCAGGCAAAGCUGCAGCAUCUUCAGCCACCGCGAGUUCGAGCCCUGCUGCUACAAGCCCAGCUGCAGCCAGUCCCACUUCAGCCCCCAAACUCUCCUCUCCCAUUUUUGUUGCCCCACUUCCAGCUCCCGACACCCCCUCAGCCCCCUGUCUGUCUCCAGGACUCCCUCCUGCUUCCCCCUCGCCGCUCCAGAGUCCCUCCACUCCGUCGCCUCACCCCGUCAAACCUCCCCGCUCCUCCAUCGCCGGGCUCUCCAUCGACCUGCUGGGAGGACGGGAGGUGGAGGAGGAGGACGAGGAGGAGAAGAAGAAGAAGGAGCUCAAGAUAAAAACAGAACAAGAAGAGAGGCGAGCUGAAGAUGUGAAAAUGAGGGAGGUGGAGAGGAGGUCUUUAGUGAGGGAAGGAGUGAACGAGGAUACGGAGACUGGAGUGGAGGAAGCGGAGAAAGCAGAACACAUUCAGCAUCGCUUGGAGGAGACCAGCGCCUCCUUGGCUGCAGCCCUGCAGGUUGUGGAGCAUAAAAUAAAGGAGGAGGACAAGCCAAACGACAAAAAAGCAACGGUCUCGAUCCUGGAUGACAUCGGCAGCAUGUUCGACGACUUGGCAGACCAACUGGAUGCGAUGCUUGAUUGAUUUCUUGCCCACAUCUUUUCUCCAACAAGGUCUUUCCCCCUUUUCCCCACCUGCCACGUCCUGUGUAGGCGUAAGAAGAAAACUCUCCCACGGCUAAAUGCUGGCCCUUUGAAGAGCGUGUGUUUGAGCGUCUGCCCCUCCCUAAGUGCUUCCUGAGUAGCCGUGCACGUUGCUGAGGAGGGAGUCACGUUUCUCUGGUGCAGUAGCUCUGACUCCUUCCUCCUGACU